UCAAAUCUGGUCCUAUUUUAGUUGUUUGUCUCUACACCAACAAAGACAGAAGAAAAACUUCCCCUUCCACUUGCCUUCAUCAUCUUAGGCUCUCCAUCUUUUUGAUCUUCACUAAUCUUCUUCUUCAGCUUCCAUUUUCUUUCUGCCAUGGCUGCUCUGGCUCUCUCAUUGCUCCUUUUGGCCGCCAUGGCCGGCCUCUCAAGUGGGACAUGGUGCAUUUGCAAGAACGGGAUUAGCGACGCGACGCUGCAGAAGGCGUUGGACUACGCGUGUGGGGCAGGGGCUGACUGCAGCCCCAUUCGCCAGAAUGCAGCUUGUUUCCAACCAAAUACAGUCAGGGCUCACUGUUCUUAUGCUGUUAAUAGCUAUUUCCAGAAGAAAGGCCAAACUCAAGGCUCUUGUGAUUUUGCUGGUGUUGCUACUAUCUCCACUACUGACCCUAGUGCUGCUGGCUGUUCCUACCCUUCAAGCGCCGGAUGUUAUUUCAGUGGCGGCGGCGGCAACGGAGGCGGAGUAACUCCGGUGACGACGACUCCAACAUCACCUGGAACGACAACAGUCCCCGGAAUGACGUCACCUGUCGCCAGACCACCACCAUCAAUGACCCCCACAACUACAAAUAAUCCCCUUCCCAACACUGCAUCUCCCACCGGAGUUUUGGGCGGCGCCGGGACUGGCGUCAACCCCACUGGAGCUGGCACCACCACCGAUGAGAGCCACGGCGGAUUUCGGCUUCAAAGUCACAUAUUUUUCUCCCUCUCAGUCAUCAUCUUUUUUAGCUUCAUGCUUUGCUGGGACUGAAUUAGUAACAGAAAAAAGUACUUAAUUAGCUAGUUUUUAAAAGAUCAGAGUUCUAAGAUUUAUGGUUCCUCUGUUUCUAGUGUGGUUAGUAGUUUGAUUAAUUAUCAUUUAAAUCUCCUUCUUAUAAGGUUUUGGAUUUUUAUUUUCCACCACAUACAUUAUAUAUAUAAAUUAUAUUGAGACAAUGGGUUGCACUGGAGUUUUGUAAUAUAUAUAUAUAUAUGAUGUUACGAGUGUUGAUCUUGAGACA